GAUCCAAAUCCCUAUUCUACUGGCCCAAAAUUGCGUGAGAAUAUGAAGGAGACAGACGUAUUUAUGCAGCAGCUUGUGGACGAGCUCAGUUUCGAGGACUACGGCGGUGCUCUGCCCGAGGGAGAAACCUCUGCAGAGAACAAUCUGUAUCCGACGCCUCCGCUAGACUCGUCGCUGGCGCAGAUAUUCAGCGAUUCGAGCCACAGCGGGCAAGUUCCGCGCUACUAUCUGGACGGGCCGAUGGCUUACGACGCGGUCGAUCUUAAUACCCAACUUGAGCACCUUAUCGACCAAACUGCGCUGGAAAAAAAGACACACACAGACACACGCAAAGAAGAGCAAGACACGUCGCCAGAGUCCAACUAUAACUGGAGGCAGGUGUUGGAGGUGGGGGUUCUGGAUGCCCUGGAGUCGCCGCAGACCACUCCUAAACAGCCGUGUGAACCUUUAUCUCUGGGGCAGGAUAAGACGCCCUGCCGCGGGCUGGACUUCUACCGCAUACAGAACAACAUCAGCAUCCGCGCGUUUGAGGCCUUCAACAAGCCAGACUCGAAGUACAUCUAUCAGGAGAACAGGAAAUAUGGCACGAACUUGUACGAGCCAGCGGUGAACCGCAAGCUGAACCCGCAGCUGCUGGCAGACGAGACGGGCACGGCCUCGAGGAAAAAGAGCGUCAAUACGGGCAACUUUGCUCUGUGUCCGUUCUGUCCCAUGACACAGGAAAACAGCAGAAACGAGUUCCAGAAGCUGUUUUUCAAGCGCAACGACAGCAACUAUCUCCACCACAUGAUCCAGUUCCACGGGGUGUUUUCGAACGGCCGACUGGUCAAGGACCCUCCAAAACGGGGCUGGCUUUUUUCCAAAGAGACGGCAGAGCCCGUAGAGGUGGUGGAGUGUCCUUAUUGCUCGGAAUGCAUCACGCUCAAGAAGUACAAGGCCUCAAACCCAGACGAGCACCGGCUGCUCAAGUAUCUGCGGCACGUGAAGGAGCACCACAAAACGGGUAAAAAUCUCCAACAGGUAUCGUUUUUGUCGGAGAAAGUUUGCAUGUGA